CAGAGGCGUCAGUGUCUUGGUUGGCUAUGAAGCAGUUUCCUGUCCAUCCAGUAACCUGGUCCACUUUCCUGGUUUUGUUUGCUUCCCAGUGUGAGAGCAACAUUCCUGGUAUCUGUCACAAGGACUGGUGCCCUGAUGAGUUAUGUGUGGAGGAUUCUUCCCAUCCGAUUGACUGCCAAAGCGACACUGCUGAUGUAAAUGAAUGCUUCACCUGCCUCCUUUACCCAGCAGAAAUACUCAACUGCUCCUGGGCAUUCCACACUUUACAGAAGGAUACACAGCUUUCUGUUCACAUCAGUAUUUGUGAAGGUGAACAAACGGCUCAGGCUUUCAGCCGUUUAUCUGAGGAAAGAGUUGGAUCAUGGUCUACGAUUCUGCCUGAGCAUGAGGGCCACCAAUUUGUAAUUGUUCAGUUUAACAUGACCCUGCAUGACAAUUGGACAGCCUACACCUACACAUAUGAACCAGAAAAGCAAGAGGUCCUGUCUCCUCCACCAAACCUGUCUGCAUCAGUUAAAGAUGGAGACCUGCUGGUCACAUGGGAUCUGCCCCACAGUCACUUCACCAGCAAAGAUGACUGCUUUGAUUACCAGCUGGACCUGGGUGACCAGGAGAGUCUUAGAAACUUGACCAACCAGCGGUCUUACACACUCCAUAAUGCAGAUCCAGCUUACACCUAUAGAGUGAGGAUAAGGACAAUGAAGAACAACCUUUGCAUACAAUGGCCUCACUGGAGCGACUGGAGUCACACUGUCAUAGUGGAGCAGUCGGUUUACAAACUCAACACGCUGGUGAUCCUCUCAGUUUCAUUUGUAAUACCCAUGAUCCUCCUGGCUGUGCUGCUGUUGGUGUGCCAUCAGAGGGUGUUUAAACUGCUCUUUCCUCCGAUUCCUCGCCCCCCUCCAAAAUACAUACAAUUCCUGCAAAAAAAUGACACAUUCAACUUCUUUCAUCCUGCGCACUUAUCUAAGGCUGAGGAGGAGAUUACGCAGGUGGAGGACACAGAGUAAGACGCUGGAAGGACAUUUUAAAUAUUGACAGCAAAAUGUCUAGUGGAUUACUUAUAAAUGAUAUCAGUGAUCAUUUACCUGUAU